UUUUUGCAAAAAAAAAAGUACUCUUAAGCUUAUCAUUAUUUGCAAUCGUCGAUUCUGACAAUGGAAAUCAAGAAUUUGAGCACCCGAAUGCUAUCGAAGAUCGCUAAAAGUGACGAGCACGGCGAGAACUCGCCGUAUUUCGAUGGAUGGAAAGCGUACGAUAGCGAUCCAUUCGAUCCGAUUAGAAACCCUAAUGGAGUUAUUCAAAUGGGCCUUGCUGAAAAUCAGCUUUGCUUCGAUUUAGUUCAAGAAUGGAUCGAGAGAAAUCCCGAGGCUUCAAUAUGUAGCCAUGAAGGGCUUCAUGCAUUCAAGAAUAUCGCAUUGUUUCAAGAUUACCAUGGCUUGCCUCAUUUCCGAAAUGCGGUGGCGCGGUUUAUGGCGAAGAUGAGGGGCGGGAGGGUUAGUUUCGAUCCGGACCGUAUAGUAAUGGGCGGCGGAGCCACGGGGGCCAAUGAGAUGCUAAUGUUCUGUUUGGCUGAUCCCGGAGAUGCAUUUCUUAUCCCUUCUCCUUAUUAUCCCGCAUUCGAUAGGGACCUAAGAUGGAGAACAGGUGUGAAACUAAUCCCUAUAAAUUGUCAAAGCUCCAACAAUUUCAAGAUCACUAAAGAAGCUCUCGAAGAGUCUUACCAAAAUGCAAAAGUCAAAGUCAAAGGCCUAAUCCUAUCCAAUCCAUCGAACCCUUUGGGAACAAUCUUGGACAAGGAAACCUUCAAAACCCUAAUAGAAUUCAUCAACGACAAGAAAAUCCACCUCGUAUGCGACGAGAUUUACGCGGCCACCGUGUUUGGUGGCGCAAAUUACACGAGCGUGUCGGAAAUUAUCCAAGAAAUGGAAUGCGAUCGCAACCUAAUCCACAUUGUCUAUAGCUUGUCGAAGGACAUGGGGUUUCCGGGGUUUAGGGUUGGCAUAAUUUACUCUUACAACGACAAUGUAGUGAAUUGCGCGAGAAAAAUGUCGAGCUUUGGGUUGGUCUCGUCGCAAACACAACAUUUCUUGGCGUCAAUGUUGUCCGAUGAUGACUUCAUGGACAAAUACCUGUUGGAAAGUUCAAGGAGGUUGGCUUCGAGACACAGUAAAUUUACAAACGGAUUGGAUAAGGUUGGGAUCAGUUGCUUGGCGAGCAAUGCUGGAUUGUUUUGCUGGAUGGAUUUAAGACAUCUUUUGAAAGAAGAGACGUUCGAAGGCGAAUUAGGGUUGUGGAGAGUUGUAAUAAAUGAUGUGAAGUUAAAUGUCUCGCCGGGCUCUUCGUUCCAUUGCCAAGAGCCCGGGUGGUUUAGGGUUUGUUUUGCGAAUAUGGAUGACGAGACAAUGGAGAUAGCGCUGCGGAGGAUUCGGAAAUUUGUGGGAACAAACGAACAAGAAAAUGCGCGAGUGAAAAUGGCCAAACCGUGGCGAAAAAAUUUGAGGUUGAGCUUUUCAUCGAUUACAUAUGAUCAUGAAACUAGGGUUUCUUCCCCGGUUAUUAUGUCUAGCCCUCGAUCGCCCUUAGUACGAGCUCAUACUUAGGGUUUUUAUUUUAUUUUAUUUUGUGUUUUACAAUGAUUUGAUAAGUAAAUUGAUAUAAUUAAUGAUAUGAAUUGAUUUUAUUAUUAUUAUUAUUAUUUUUGGUUUUUGAUGUAUCUCAUCUCCAUUCAUUUAUAGGUUUGAAGAGGAUAUAUGGUUGACAAGGUACUUUGAUUUGC